AUGAUAAAGCGAAUGGAGAAUUAUAUUGAAGAGCAGGAGGUGCGGUGGAGGUUAAUGGAGUUUGAAGAAAGGCAUCAGGCCUUGAUGAAGCAGAUGGAGGAUCACAUCGCGGAACAAGAAAGGGUUGUGAAGCAUUGUAAGGAGAGUUUCUCCCAUUUGGCUGCUUUAGCAAAUGGGGCAAUUAAGGAUAUUCCCAAAAUGGUGUUGGAUGCUGAAGCGAGUACUCACUUUUGUAGCCCGCCUGAAGAGAUAAAGCUUUUUAUUAAUCAUUGUAAAUGGCUAGGGAAGCUGGGUGUCAUUUCUCAACCUCGAGCUUUCCUCUCUUUGUUGAACCCUGGACAUUUCUUCUCUGUCGAACCAUCACGCUUUACUUUCUCUUUCGAACCAUCUUCGGUCUCAGUUCGGUGUCCUCCUGUGGAGCCAUCUUCGGUGUGGGUGUUGGUCUUUGGAGUCGUCUUCGGUGUGGGUGUAGAUCGUGCUUUGGUUCUUCGUCGCCUCUCUCUGUCUAUUAUUGUGACCUUCAUCAAUCCUUCAUCAAGCACUGUGGUUGGGGCUCAUUGUUGGGUGCGGUGUCGUAGUUCGGCGUUGAGUAGCUUAAUCGGGCUUAAUCUCGCACUCUUCCAGUUGCAGAGGAACCCUAGGACUGUUGUUCUCGCACUCCGAUUUUGGAUCGCCGUCAUUCAGUCUCAGUAACUGUGGUAAG